AUGUUCAAUUUUCAGAUACUUCGACAUUUUUCAAAACGACAACUGAAAAGUUUUUCAUUGAAUAUAAGUCAAAAGGAUGCUAAAAUAAUGUUGAAUAUUGUGAAGCACAACAAUAUGCCUUUGAUUUUUAUUAAAGGCGAUUGUGUUGGCGGUUUGGCUGAAUUGCUGGCACUGGACCAAAAAGGAGUUCUCGAUAGUUGGUUGGCAAAGCAUGAUUAUGAUCUUGCUGUUAUUGGUGGUGGUUCUGGUGGAUUAGCUGCAGCUAAGGAAGCAGCGCGGUUGAAUAAAAAAGUCGUUUGUCUUGAUUUUGUGAAACCUUCAACGAUGGGAACAACAUGGGGACUUGGCGGAACUUGUGUAAAUGUUGGAUGUAUCCCUAAAAAACUGAUGCAUCAAGCUGCUUUGCUUGGCGAGUCUAUAAAAGAUGCAAAAAAAUUCGGGUGGACUAUACCUGAAGGACGAAUUACUUUCAACUGGCAAGAAUUAAUAAAAGGCGUUCAAGAUCAUAUUGCUUCUCUAAAUUGGGGUUAUCGAGUUCAGCUUAGAGAACGAUCGGUCACUUAUGUAAAUGCGUAUGCAUCGUUCACUGGUUUUCAUGAAAUUUCCGCUGUGAACAAAAAAGGAAAAAUCGAAAAGAUCACUGCUGAUCGUUUCUUGAUCGCCACCGGUUUGAGGCCUCGCUUUCCAGAUGUGCCUGGUGCAAAAGAAUGCUGUAUCAGUAGUGAUGAUUUAUUUUCACUGCCGUAUAAUCCAGGUAAAACUUUGUGUGUAGGUGCCUCAUAUAUUUCACUGGAAUGUGCGGGAUUUCUUAAUGGACUUGGCAAUGAUGUUACGGUAAUGGUUCGAUCAAUAUUAUUGCGCGGUUUCGAUCAAGAUUUAGCUGAAAAGAUUCGUAAAAUUAUGUUAGAGCAAGGUGUUAAAUUUGUGCCAGCUGUGCCUGUGAAAUACGAACGAAUUCAAGAACCGACUGAUAGUAAACCUGGGGUAGUGCGUGUUUAUACCGAACGUAUAUUAGAAGAUGGUACCAAGGAAACAGUAACAGAUGAGUUUAAUACAGUUUUAAUGGCAAUCGGCAGAGAUGCGGUAACUGAUGAUCUAGGUCUUGAUACGAUCAAUGUAGAACGCAGCAAAACAGGAAAGAUCAUUGGUCGGCGAGAGCAAAGUAUAAGCUGUCCUUAUGUUUAUGCAAUUGGUGAUGUAUUGAGUGGAUGUCCUGAACUAACUCCUGUCGCGAUUCAAGCCGGUCGUGUAUUAAUGAGGAGAAUUUUUACUGGAAAUUCCGAAUUGACUGAAUAUGAUAGUAUUCCUACGACCGUCUUUACUCCACUCGAAUACGGUUGUUGUGGUCUAUCAGAAGAAAAAGCUAUUGAAUUAUAUGGUAAAGAUAAUAUAAAUGUUUAUCAUAACAAGUUUAUUCCGUUAGAGUAUACAGUACCUGAAAGAACAGAAAAAGAUCACUGCUACUGCAAGCUGGUUUGCCUAAAAAAUCAACAAGAUCUUGUUCUGGGAUAUCAUAUUCUUGCUCCUAAUGCUGGUGAAAUUACUCAAGGCUUUGCAAUUGCUUUCAAAUUUAUUAUGUAA